GCCCUCCUCGCCGCAGCCAAUGGGCGCGCACGCCUUACGUGCGGCCCGUGGGCGUGGGCCCGGGGGUGGGCGGGGCGGUAGCAGUGUCAUGGCGGCGUAUCCGGGGCAGGGCUUCCCCGGCGCAGGACAAGCCCCCGGCGCGGCCCCGGCCGGUCCCUACCCCGGGGGUCCCUACGGACAGCCUGGCAGCGGCCCCCAGCCCUACGGAGGGGCGGCUGCGGGAGCCUGUCUCCCAGCGCUGCCAGGCUGAGUUCCAGCCCUUCCUCUUCCUCUGAGCCGAGCUAACCGACGUGCCCGGGAUCACACGGCUGUCAAACUCUCCCCGGAGCACAAGCGCUGGCCGGCCCCUGCGUGUUGGCUGCGUCUCCGUGAGCCAUCCCCAGCCAGCAGCCUCUCCGAGGGGAGGUGAGAGCUGCUGAUGGCCUCUCCCCGCGCAGGUAAUGCCCCCCCGGGUGUGGACCCGGAGGCUUUCUCCUGGUUCCAGGCGGUCGAUGCCGAUCGCAGUGGGUACAUCUCCGUCAAGGAGCUGAAGCAGGCGCUGGUCAACUCCAACUGGUCGACGUUCAACGAUGAGACCUGCCUGCUGAUGAUAAACAUGUUCGAUAAGACCAGGUCAGGACGCAUAGACGUGUACGGCUUUUCAGCCUUGCUGCGCUUCAUCCAGCAGUGGAAGAACCUCUUCCAGCAGUACGACAGGGACCAGUCAGGCUCCAUCAGCUUCAGCGAGCUCCAGCAAGCUUUCUCCCAGAUGGGCUAUAACCUGAGCCCCCAGUUUAGCCAACUGCUGCUGGCCCGCUACGCCCAGCGAUCCUCUGACCCCAGCAUCCAGCUCGACCGCUUCAUUCAGAUCUGCAUGCAGCUCCAGAGCACGACCGACGCCUUCCGCGAGAAGGACACGGGGCUGGUGGGCAACGUGCGGCUGAGCUACGAGGACUUCCUCACCAUGGUCGUGACUCGCAUGAUGUGACGCCCUGGGCCGAGGGCUGCGAGCCAGCCGGGAGCUCUGCGGGGCUCUCCAGGAGCCCCGACCAUCCUCGGCCUCUUCUGGGAUGUGGCCAACCCCCCUGAAGAACGAGCUGCUCCCCUGGGCUGGCUUUCCAGCCCGCUGCUCCCGAGGAGCCCCGAGUCCUGCCGGGGUUUCAAUUCCUUGUCCCCACUCGGUGGCAGUGGGUGCCUCCACGCCAAACUGGAGCCUGGUUCUGGGGCCGUGCCGCGGAGUGGGACAGCCAAACCAGUAGCCUGUGCCAUGCCUCCCGGGGAGCGCUUAGAUCAUCCCUUGCCAGAUGCCAAAACAUGCUUAAACCCCCACCUGCACUGUCCCUCCGCGUGGCGGGAUGUCUGCAGUGCCUCGUCCCUGUCUCAGCACGCUUUUGGGGGCUCUCCGGUGCCCGAGAGCUGAGCCUUCAUUUGAAAAGCAGCAGGAAGGGCACAAGCCCUGGCUGAGCUCAUCCUUGCGUCGCUGCCGGGAGCACGUCCAGCCCCUCUGCUGUGCUGGGAAGGCUCCAGCUUUCCCGGAGAUCUGAACCCCCUUUCUCUCCAGGCUGCUGGAACAGACCACGUUGCCGCAGUCCCACGCAGGAUCAUUGACAACCACUCCCCCCCCCCCCCAACCCCCCCCCAUUGCCAAUGUCUGUUUUGAUUCAUCUCUGUCUGCCAAAGCCAAACUCCUAAACGGUUUAGAGCUUAUUUUUACAGCUUUUGAAUAAAAGGCGCUGUGCACUGGU